AUGGAGUAUAGCUGGGUGCCAGACUGCCCGAAAGGCCAGAACAGCUGUGGCGGGCACACCAAUACAGAAUGCAAAGACAUGGAUAUCGGCUGCAUGUGUAAAGACGAAAAGUAUAUCCUGACCAGCGUAUGCUGUUUAAGCAAGACAUGCGGCACUUUCAGUAUCUCCUUUGCCAAAAUGUAUAUCGACAGCUAUUGUAAAGAUUGGAAAGUGACACCUCCCAACAUAACCAAUCUGGAUUGCGCAAAAGCAACCUCGAGCAGCCUCAUUGCUACAACAGCCACAUCGACGGCCGGAACCAGCUCAGCAACGUCACAACCUUCAGGAGAUUCAGCGAAUGGGAAACCAGAGGCAGGACCAAAUAUUGGGAUGAUUGCUGGUGUCGCGGGGGGAGUUGGAUUCUUGGUCUUGGCUCUGAUUGGUGCCGCCAUCUUUUUCUACUGUCGUCGGAAAAGGGAGGCAGAGGAGAGGAGAGAGGCAGCAGUAAAAGCGAACCAAGCAAAGCCAGAUUUUCCCCCGUCAAACUCGCAUUCUUCAACACUAGAGGCCGUGCAUAUGAGCGAGCUCGCUCAACCACACACAUCGCCAUAUGGGCAGAGCCAGGUUGCCUCCCAAGCGUGGCAACAGAGUUAUCCUGGAACGUCGCCGUACAACACAAGCUGCGAGAAUAUGCAACCAGUACCGCCCAGUUCGCCUCUCAAUAAUGGUGGUUAUUGGUCCGAGCUCGGAAACGAUGGUGCCCGGCCUCAAGGAUCGGAGCUGGCUGGCAGGCCGUUACUCCCUCCCCGACCUGAGUUACAAGGAAUGUCGUUCAUCACAAGAAACCCAUAUCCGUCCGAGUUAGCCCCGAGUGAGCCUACAUAUCAACGGUGA